GUAGUGUUCUUACAUUCGCAUCAUAAACGGUCUUGUCUAUUUUAAUUUAUGAUUUAUUAAUAAAUAAAUUCAAUGUUUUAGAAUCUCAAUUUUAUUGUGUUAAAAGUGCUGGUGUAAAUAAAUUAUAAUUAAAAUGUCUUCGAAUGAUAGAGACGAGAACUCUACCCUCCAGUACUCAGAUGGAAGGAUUCCUUUCGAAGAGGCGAUUAAUAAGGCUGGUUUUGGUCUCUACAGCUACCUUCUGGUGGCGCUGACCGGGUUCCUGAUCAUAGCCUUCGCUGCGAUUGCCUACAGCACUACCCUCAUCAUCCCCACCAGUGCUUGCGAGCUUGGCACCACGAGUGGGCAGCAGGGACUGUUGGCGGCCGCCCCUAUUGUCGGCUCAUUGCUGGGUUCCCCAGUAUGGGGCUACAUCGGCGACACUCGAGGCCGGCGUAAUACCAUCAUCAUCUCCCUGCUGUGCGGGUUUGUGUUCAACGCUAUCGCCAGUUUAUCCGUCAACUGGAUCAUGCUGCUAAUUCUGCAAUUCGUCGCUACUUCAUUGGCAUCAGGCCAGUACUCGCUUUCGAUGUCCAUGCUCAGUGAGAGCGUGCCCAUGGCUAAGAGGAACCUGGUGGUAAUGCUGGUCACCAGCAUCUUUAUUCUCGCGCAGGGCAUUAUGGCAGUGAUAGCAAUUCCGGUGAUACCUCUGUCAUACUCGUACUACAUCGAAGGUCUGGGCAUUUAUUGGAACUCCUGGAGGACCUUAAUGCUGCUGUUUUCCGCACCCAGCGCGAUCUCUGCAUUUUUCCUCCUGUUCAUAAGCGAAAGUCCCAAGUUUGCCUACUCAAAAGGAAACGAGGAAGAGGCUUUGGCAAUCCUGAGGCGGAUACACAGGAUAAACAAUAGAUUCAGCAAAAAUAAAGAGGAGUUACAGGUUAAAGGCCUUCUAAUGGAAGAACGACCAGAGAAUGACAAACCCAAAUCUGCCAAAGAGCAAUUCGCCCCCCUGGUUAGGGCACCUCUGCUGAAGUACAUGAUUAUCAUGACACUGCUUUUUGUAUUCCAACAAAUAGGAUCUCUGAUUGUAUGGUUCCCGACCAUCGCGAACCAGUUUAUGGAGACCAUAGAGAACGACUCUCCCAUGAACCAGACCGUCUGUGACGUCCUCCGAUCGCACGGUGCCUCGCCACCGGUGGUUGACCCAGAUGUAGUGCCGUGUUCACUGAACAACACCGCCAUGUUGAUCGUGCUGGCUGUUGGUGCAAUGCAGUCCUUCCUCAGUCUCGUCCUCAACUUCUUCCUGAAUACGGUGGGUCGUCGCAACAUGGUGAUCAUCAUCACUGCGGUUUGCGGGCUCUCGGGCGUGAUCAUGAACCUCGUGCCCAACACCAUCGCCAGUGCUGCGCUGUUCCUGGUGCUGCUGAUGGGGCUGGUGGUGCUUGGGCUGUACACUGCUAUAGCCGUUGCACUGUUCCCAACAAAUCUAAGGGUACUAGCACUAGGGCUGACGCUCACGGGGGCUCGUGUGGGUACCAUCGCCUUCGUCCAGAUCCUCAACUAUCUGCUGGUCAACAACUGCGAGGCUGGCUUUUACGUCUUCGCUUCUAUGUUUGGUUCAUCAGCCAUAGUAGCAUCGUUCCUGCCUGACGACCGACGGCUGGUGCAGAAGCCACCGCCAGAACCAAAGAAGACAGAAGAACAGACGGCAGACGCUACACAACUUUAACUCGUUUUAAACCAUUUUUGUUUACGCCCGAAAAAAAGUCAGCAGCCUGAGGUAAAACCCGAACUAACUGCGCACCUCGCUAGAAUGCGAUUCUCCCUCGCUACGCAGUCACCUGCACACCUCAUCGCGUUCGCCCCGUGCCAUACGAGAGCGUUGAUGUGACGUCACGGCUGCCAGGUGUGCAGUAAACCCGAUCCCCUAAGCACAGAUUAUUAAGCAAAGUGCCUGAAUGAUGGGACUG